AUGGACAAGUUUUCACUCUUUAGGCAUAAAAGUUGUCGGGAGCUAUGUCAAUUUCCAAAUCUUGCUCAACUAGAAAACAAUCAUGAGGCUGAUAUCUCUAUAUCAGAUGAUGACCUCUUCAUUUAUUGUGACCAUUUGAAGUCUUUGCAUAACGACAUGAGCUGUAGAUGUCAAGACCUCAUUAGUAUGGAAAUCCCUGACUGGUUGAUAAACCCGUUUAUUGACGAUUAUACAAAUGAAGCUGACUCUGAGAUACAAGAGGAGUUAAUUACUUUACAAAACGACUUUGAAUUAAAUCCCCUCUUCAAAAACUCAUACCAGGAAUUCUGGCUACAAAAAGAAAUUUCCGAAAGCUAUUUAAAGCUGUGGGAAGCUACCAAACAUUUCUUCGUUGCUUUUCUAACCACCUAUAUGGCUGCAUGGUCGCAGUCAAAUGACUGA